UGUUUAAUUUGGGCGUGUACCGCAGGGAGGCUGUCCGAUCCUACAAGUCCUACGAUUUUUUCCGCCACGACAAUGAAGAAGCCAUGAAAAUCAGGAAGCAGUGUGCUCUGGUGGCUCUGCAGGAUGUGAAGUCCUAUCUAACGGAGGAGGGCGGUCAGAUCGCGGUUUUUGAUGCCACAAACACAACGAGAGAACGCCGAGAUCUGAUUCACGCCUUUGUGAAGGAAAAUGCCUUCAAGGUUUUCUUCGUGGAGUCAGUCUGUGACGAUCCAGACGUCAUCGCCGCCAACAUCCUGGAAGUGAAGGUGUCCAGUCCCGAUUACCCAGAGAGACACCGGGAGCGAAUCAUGGAUGACUUCCUGAAACGCAUUGAGUGUUACAAAGUCACGUACCAAGCUUUAGAUCCUGAUGACUACGACAAGGACUUGUCUUUCAUCAAGGUCAUUAACGUGGGCCGGCGUUUCCUGGUGAACCGAGUGCAGGACUACAUCCAGAGCAAGAUCGUUUACUAUCUCAUGAACAUCCACGUGCACUCCCACUCCAUCUACCUGUGUCGCCACGGGGAGAGCAACUACAACAUGGAGGGACGCAUCGGAGGAGACUCUGAACUCUCCCCCCGGGGGAGACACUUUUCCCACGCUCUGCGGGAUUUCGUUGAUGAGCACAAGCUGUCGGACCUGAAGGUGUGGACGAGCCAGCUGAGGAGGACCAUCCAGACCGCCGAGGAGCUCGGCGUGCCGUACGAGCAGUGGAAGAUUCUCAAUGAGAUCGAUGCUGGAGUGUGUGAGGAGAUGACCUACGAGAUGAUCCAGCAGACUUUUCCAGAGGAGUUUGCGUUGAGGGACCAGGACAAAUACCACUAUCGGUACCCAGGUGGAGAGUCAUACCAAGAUCUAGUUCAGCGUCUGGAGCCAGUCAUCAUGGAGCUGGAGAGACAAGGCAACGUGCUGGUCAUCUGCCACCAGGCUGUGAUGCGCUGCCUCCUGGCUUACUUCCUGGACAAGGGUGCAGAGGAUCUCCCGUACAUGAAGUGUCCGCUCCACACCGUGCUCAAACUCACUCCUGUCGCGUACGGUUGUAAAGUGGAAAUGUUUUACCUGAAUGUGGAGGCAGUAAACACGCACAGAGACCGGCCCAUUGGUAAAAUUCCCAAGGACUCUUCCCUCAUUCACCGGCGGAAUAGUUACACCCCCUUGUCCAGUCACGACCAGGUCAAGCGGCCCCGCCUCUACAGCGCAGGCAACCAGCCGUGGCUACCGCUCGCUCCCACGCCGUCAGCUCUGAUGCCAGAGGGACUGCAAAGCCAAACUCGGAUUGGAGGAAACUGUCUGAAUCCCUGUGUGAAGGAAUCAACUUUGAAAGCUCAGAGGAAUCUAGUGGCUUUGUCUGCUUCUGACUAAAGGCUGGAUCCUGAAGUCCUCCAAGUCCUCCAACAUUUCACAGACCUUGUCUCGGCCCCUCAUUCUCUUCUUAAAGCUAACAUUGAGGACAGAGCUAACGUAUUAUGUCCAGCUCCAUUUUUGCAUGCUGCAGAAACUGGAAGGUGAUAAACACACACCAGUCAACCACAACGGGGUGAAGAAAUUCUGGACUCUUUUAUUUGUAAAUACUUCAGAUCUACCAGAACACAACCAGAUUCACUGUUCAUCAUAGAAUGUAACAACUACCUGCACUGUUAAUCGGUCCAAAGGUUCCACCGGUUUUCACUUUGGCAAACGAAAGUAGAAGAUAAAGUAUUUUUAUAGCUGAAGGUGUGAUUCCUGUGAUUGUUCACCUGAAAAACUGCAGGCAGGUUCUCCAGAAGGUUUGAGUCCCACUGCAAGAAAGCAAAUCAUGUUAUAAAUCAACAGCAACCGAAAAGAAUGUUAGAGCAUUUAUGUGCUAAACGGUUAAAGAGCGCUCACUGGAAGAGUCCAGUCCAAGAAAAACGCUUUGAUGUUAUCUGUCAGCGCAUGAGAACACUUCAUUCUUCUACUGUGGAAGUCCUGCUCCAAGUUUCAGUUAUUGAACCUUUAAUGGUUGAUUGCCUGAAGUCGUCCUGCUCAAUCAGCCGUCUGUGCCUUUAAGCGGUCAAUAAAAGUACGUUCAGAAUGAA